AAAACAUUUAUGAGUCCUUAGAAUUAUUAUAAUUAAUUAAUUAUUUUUUAACUGUGAUGUUAGCCGCAAUUUAAUAAUAGCUUUAAUAUCUUCACUUUUGCUCACUAAAAUUUAUCAAGAAGUUAUAACGACUGCCCCUUCCCCCUGCACAAGGACACGGAACACAUUUAUCGCACGACAAAAUGCGAUGCGGUGUCAUCGACAUAUCUUUUUUUUCAUAAAAACUAGAAGUUUAUUGGUUUUUGCCGCGCGGUAAAAGAUUUCGCGUUCAAUGUAUAGGAGCCAUAAGUAUAUGUCGAUUUUCAGAAUAUUCGUGUGAAUUCAGUAUUACAGUGGACGCUGCGUCGUUUUGUAUGCUCCGAUAAGGGAUUGUUUCUGCUGUGAUCGCGUGAAGAAUAUAUGUGAUCAUGCAUACCUCCCAAUAUGAACGAUCGUUUCCAAUGAUAUGUCUGUAAAAGAAGUUUGAGCACAUUGUAAUCAAAUUGCUCUCGACAGGAGCACUCUCCCGAGAUUUGCAAUCGUAUCGGCACAAAAAUAUCAAAGUGCAAUCAUGGCUAUGCACAGUGUUGCACCAAAGCGAAAAGAAAUCUACAAAUACGAAGCACCAUGGCCCUUAUACAGCAUGAACUGGUCAGUAAGGCCUGACAAGAGGUUUCGUUUGGCAUUGGGCAGCUUUGUGGAGGAAUACAAUAAUAAAGUGCAAAUUGUCUCAUUGGAUGAGGAGACUUCAGAGUUCAGUGCCAAGAGUACAUUUGAUCAUCCAUAUCCAACUACAAAGAUUAUGUGGAUACCUGAUAGUAAAGGUCUAUUCCCAGACCUGCUCGCCACAUCCGGCGAUUACCUGAGAGUAUGGCGUGCUGCGGAACCGGAGACUCGUUUGGAGUGUGUUUUGAACAACAACAAGAACUCGGAUUUCUGCGCACCACUCACGUCCUUCGACUGGAAUGAGGUGGAUCCGAAUCUGAUCGGUACCUCCAGCAUAGACACUACUUGUACUAUCUGGGGACUGGAGACCGGUCAAGUAUUGGGCAGAGUGAACAUGGUCACAGGACACGUCAAAACGCAAUUGAUUGCACAUGACAAGGAGGUGUAUGAUAUUGCGUUCAGUCGUGCAGGUGGUGGACGCGACAUGUUCGCUUCGGUCGGCGCGGACGGAUCCGUGAGGAUGUUCGAUCUGCGGCAUCUGGAACACUCCACGAUAAUCUAUGAGGAUCCACAGCACACCCCAUUGUUGCGAUUAGCGUGGAAUAAGCAGGACCCGAAUUAUCUCGCUACCGUGGCGAUGGACGCGUGCGAGGUAAUCAUUCUGGAUGUUCGCGUGCCAUGCACGCCUGUAGCGAGAUUGAACAAUCAUAGAGCCAGCGUCAACGGAAUAGCCUGGGCUCCGCAUUCGUCUUGUCACAUCUGUACGGCGGGCGACGAUCAUCAAGCUCUGAUCUGGGACAUACAGCAAAUGCCGAGAGCUAUUGAGGAUCCUAUACUCGCUUACACCGCGGCGGAAGGCGAAGUCAAUCAGAUUCAAUGGGGCGCUACGCAGCCCGAUUGGAUAGCAAUUUGUUACAACAAAGCGGCCGAGAUCCUCCGGGUGUGAGCGAGUAUUCUCCUAUCGAUAGGUAUUCAUUCGGUUCACUCUUCUUCCAAACAUUUAUUCAGACACGAAAGACUAUCACUUUAACACGAAUUCUUUUUUUUUUUUUUUUUUUUAUUAAAGUAAAACUCGCGAAUAUCACGAAGACGUGCGUCGCGAAAAAAUGAAUAGUGGAUAGGAAGAAGAGGAGGGUAGAAUUUUGUACGUUACGUUAGGUAGAUUUGUAUAUAUGUUCAUAGAAGUACUGCAUACUUAAUAAUGCUAAAUAUUAAUCAGGGUUCCAAAUACUUAAGCCGCAUUGAUCAGUAACCGAUUAAUUAGGUAUUUUACGUGCAGUCGUUAGGCCACGUUAGGUAUAAUAGACACCCAGGACGAUUCUAUGACUAUCAUUAGGAUAGCCCGUGACACAUAACGGAUAAUAACGGAACUGUAGAUCGUAGCGUGUUAUAGGAUGUGAUGUAAUUGUGAGUACCUACAAUUUUUAACACGAUGUACAGAUUUUUUAUACAAACGUAAGUUUUUGAUAUACGAGAAAGGAAUGUAUCUAUGCAUACAUAUAUAUGUUGUUCAUAACGAGAACUCACGUUUUACUGACAUUGUAUUCGAUCGAUUAUUGUCAUCUCGACAUUGCAUUAAUUAUUUCGUAAUUGCGCGUCGUAUUUAUCGUCAAUUUACGAACUGUAUUACACCGAGGAGAAGGAGAGGGAAGAGCGACAGAGAGAGAGAGAGAGAAAGAAAUAGAACCGUGUAUUAGGACUAACACUCACAAGGGAGGUAUACGAUUAAUAAGAGCAAAGCUUACAAAAAGAACCAAAUACAUGUGUAUUGUUAUAUGAGAUAUCGUGUGAUUUACAGAUGUUAAGUGAGCAGAAUGCAAUAUUUACAGUGAUGAGCCGCAUAUGUGCGUGUACAGAAGAGUCCGUGAAUUCAGUCAAUUAAUAUAAAAUGAUUACACGUCCGUUCUUUCUUGUUCAUUCUUCCUUUUAUUUUAUGUUCACUUCAAUCCGGUCUGAUUGUUCCGUACAUACGUCUGUACGGUCUUCAAAAAUGAAAUUAGCGCAGUCUUACUAGUUCAAUAAAUAUUAAUAAUAAAUAUUAA